GGAACAUCAACCUCUUUAUUCAAACACUGAAACUAUUGAUCACAUCUGAUAUUCACUCAUAGUCAUGGCAUCCUCCAGUGGUGCACUAAAUGAGGAGCUCCAGUGCUCCAUCUGUCUGGAUGUGUUCACUGAUCCAGUCACUACUCCAUGUGGACACUACUUCUGCAGAACCUGCCUAGACAAGUUCUGGACAAGCACACAGACCUGCUUUUGUCCAUCCUGUAAAGAAACAUUCAGCAGAAGACCUGCUCUCAUGAUUAAUACAAACAGGGGUGUCAUAAUGGGUGGGGAGGUUAGGAUGAUUAAAAGGGCCCUGGUCAGAGAGGGGGGCCCCGGAAAGCAACCUCUACUAAGGGGGACAGACCAACCCAAGCUCCUCCGAACGCGAACUCUACCAAGGGGGACAAACAAACCCCCGGUCCCGGUCCCACUCCCCCGAAUGCGAUCUCUAAGGGGGAGAAACCAACCCCCGCUCCCCCAAAUGCAAUCUCUACAAAGGGCCCAAGUCAAUAUGCUAUUCAGGGGGCCCAGAAACCAUAGUGGCACCACUGAAUACAAUGCUGAGAGUGUUGCACAACACUUUAAGGAGAAGCUCAGUCUAGGAAGACCUGAGGUAUUUUGUGACAUCUGUGAUGGAAGAAAGCAGAAAGCUGUGAAGUCCUGCCUGACGUGUCCAAGUUCUUACUGUGAGACUCACCUGGAGCCUCAUCACAGAGUCCAGCGUCUAAAGAAACACAAACUGAUCAACGCUGUGGAAAAUCUGGAGGAUUAUGUAUGCAAGAAACACGAGAGACCUCUGGAGCUGUUCUGCAGAGAUGAUCAGAUGAGUGUGUGUCUGUCCUGCACUGAAGGAGACCACAGGAGUCACAACACUGUUCCUAUAGAAGAGGAGAGUCGAGAGAAGUUGGUUAAGAAAAAGACAGACAUGCAGCAGAUGAUCCAGUACAAAAUGAAGAAGAUUCAGGAGAUCCAACACUCAGUAGAACUGCGAAAAAGGAACACAGAGAAAGAGAAAUCAGCCAGAAAUCAGCUCUUCACUGAUCUGAUCAGCUCCAUUGAGAGAUGUCAGUCUGAGCUGCUGAAGAUGAUGGAGGAACAGCAGAAAGCAGCAGAUAAACAGGCUGAAGAUCUCAUUAAAGAGCUGCAGCAGGAAAUCACUGAUCUGAAGAAGAGAAACACUGAGCUGGAGCAGCUCUCACACACUGAUGAUCAUCUGCACCUCCUACAGAUAUACUCAUCCCUAUACAGUCAUCCACACACCAAGACUGAGAUCAGUAUUGAUACUGAUGUGAAUGUGCUCCCUCUGCAAAGAGCUCUGACUCAACUGAAGAAAACACACAAGGCUCUAAAUAAACAACUCAGUAAAACAGGGUUGGGAUGGGCUCCGAAGUAUGCAGUGGAUGUGACUCUGGAUCCUGAUACAGCGAAUCCAUAUCUCAUCCUGUCUGAUGAUGGAAAACAAGUCAGUCUUGGAGAUAUUGAGCAGGACGUCCCAGAAAACCCAAAGAGAUUUGAUGACUGUUGUGUUCUAGCAAAGCAGGGAUUCAGUUCAGGGAGAUUUUACUAUGAGGUGCAGGUGAAGGGAAAGACUGGGUGGACUGUAGGAGUGGCCAGAGAAUCCAUUAACAGGAAAGGGGGCAUUAGCCCGAGUCCUGAGGAUGGACUCUGGUCUAUGGUAUUGAUUAAUCAGAGGCAGUAUAUAGCUUGUGAUAACCCAGCAGUUGCUUUCUCUCACAGAAAGACACCUGAGAAGGUGGGAUUGUUUGUGGAUUAUGAGGAGGGUCUGGUCUCUUUUUAUGAUGUGGGCUCCAGCUCUCAUAUCUACUCUUUCACUGGUCAGACUUUCACUGAGAAACUCUAUCCAUAUUUUGUCCCAGGCCUAAAUGAUAAAGGUAAAAACUCAAACCCGCUUAUAAUUUCACCUGUCAGUUGAGACAAAGUGAUUUCCCUGAAAUAUAGGAAGAUGACAUGUAAAUCAAAACCAAAAAAGGAAUUCACAUCCCAAAAUGAAAAUGUAUAUUUAUAAUUAAUUUAUAUUAAUGAUAAUAAAUGAGUGUAUGGGCCCUAUUUUAACGAUCUAAGCGCAUGGUCUAAAGCACACGGCGCAAGUGCACUCAGGGUGUGUCCGAAUCCACUUUUGCUAGUUUAACGACAGGAAAACGGUCGGCGCGCCCGGGCGCAUGGUCUAAACCGGUUGUCCCUAUUCUCUUAAUGAGUAAUGGGUGUUUUUUGGGCGUAACGUGCAAUAAACCGAUCAGAGUCUCAUCUCCCAUUCCCUUUAAGAGUGAGUUGCGCUUGCGCCAUGGGAUAUUCGCUAUUUAAACGGCGGAAUUUUAAGGCGCACAGACUGAACGCGUCUCCAGAGAGCAAACGGAUCUGCUCAUGCGCAACGUGAUCAAGUUCAAUUCAAAUUCAGUCUUAUUAAAAUAUUUUGUCAUAAUAUGGAUAGCCUACUUUAUGGCGUCAAAUCUAUGCCAUUAAUAACCGAGCGCACCACUUAUGCUGGCGCGUACUUGUCCUCUGCGCGUGAUCAUCCCCCACAUCAUCGCGCUCGAUCUUCUCUCACCCGCUCGCGCGAACACUUCUAUUUUUGUCAGUCGUGGGGCGGGGCUUGCUGUUUUAAUUGUUAUCUCUAACGCCAUUGGUUACUUCCCCUUUUCCGGAAGUCAGCUGUGAUUGGACGCCUGUGAAAAGGUCUAUCUGUCUAUCAACAGACCAGAUGCAAGUUGUCAUUUAUUUAUUUAUUUUUAUUUUUUAUAAAUAUAAGUAGGGUAAAGUGCAGAACCCUCUUACAAUGAAAGAAUAUAUUACCAUCAACCCCUAAAAUUUGACAUAGUAAUACAAAAUAUAUUAAAAAGUUUAUACAGCAACUCUUGCUUAUUUAUAUGAACAAAUAAUUUAUUCAUCCAAAGGUCCUUUGAACCAAUUUGGGAUUUACAGUCAUGUACAUUUACAAUUUACAUUUAUGCAUUUAGCAGACACUUUAAAAGCAACUUACAAUGCAUUCAGGUUAUACAUUACUGUUAUUUUUUUAUCAGUAUGUGUGUUCCCUGGGAAUUGAACCCAUGGCCUUUUGCACUACUAACACAAUGCUCUACCACUGAGCCACAGGAACACUUAUUAUGUUUUACAAUUAUUUAAUGGACACUUCUCAUAUUUUUGAGGUUGUAUAUAAAUAUGGUUGGGUAAGCAUAUAGUGGUGAACUACAACUAAUUCAGCAUAUAGCAACAAGUUGACUAUUAGCUUUAUAUUAUUUUAUUUUCAUUUUGCAAAGUUAAUAUAGCCCAAGCUUUAUGUUGUAUGAAAAUUUCAAAUAUAACCUUUUUGGUAGAUUUACCAUGCUAAAAACCGUGGAAACGUGUCAUUAAAAUCUAUAAAAAAGGGUUUAUGCAGAUUGAGGCUGAUGUAUGGGAGGAGAGCCUCAGUAGGAUUCGAUCUUGCUCUAUUAGUUCUAGGCAUCAGUUAAUUCAAUGUAAGGUGAUGCAUAGACUGCACUAUUCAAAAUCUAAAUUGCACAGAAUUUUUCCUACUAUCUCUCCUAUUUGUGACAGGUGUAAAUCUGCAGAAGGCUCUCUGACCCAUCUCUUUUGGACAUGUCCAAAACUAUACGAUUUCUGGUGUGACAUAUUUGAAUGGUUCUCGGAUAUGUAUGGUUGUGUUUUACACCUGAUCCAGAAAUUGCAUUAUUUGGUUAUUCUAUUUCUCUGUUAGAUCAUAAUGUGUCUGUACAAAGUACAAUCAUUUACAGAAUGAUUAUUGCUAAGAGUGUCAUUCUGAGGCUGUGGAAAUCGGACACUGUUCCUCAGUUUAAGACCUGGUUGAACUAUCUUACUGGAAUAUUGCAUAUGGAAAGAGACCGGUAUGGAGUUAUUGGUAAUCUUAAUAAGUUUUACAGUAUAUAGCAAACAUUUCUAGAUCAUUUGGACCAAUGUAAUGCUGACUCUGACCAGAAACGUAAUGCUUAGUAUCUUGUCUGCCCCCUAUUGAGUGCCUAGUCAUUUUUCCAUUGAAACUGUUUGUAUGCCCUGAUUGUUG